UCCGAUAUUGCAUUGACGAAACGAAGGAGGAGAGGAAGCCAUCUCGAGCUGUCUACUAUUAAUUUUGGUUAUUAAACCACAAACCUUCUUCUUAGUCCAACUACAAAGUAGCAUAAAAUGGCCCGAAUCUCACUUUGUACAGCGAUUCUCAGUUUAUGUCUCGUUCUUAAUUUGUGUGAAGGAUUAGAUGACCAGCCAGUCUACAAAUCAGUGAAUAGAGUUUGGUGGACGAACCUCUUAAUAGCAGAUGUACAAGUAAAUACAGAGGAAAAUGUCCCAAACGUGGCAAUGAGAUACCGACGACAGACACCGUCCAACACAAGUGAGAUGCCUGUUGACACUGUAACUAUUGAAGAUGAUCAUGACUACUACACGUCAAAUUUUUAUUCUGAUGGUCAAGAAUAUUUUCAGAAUCUCGAAAGGGGUAGUCCAUACACUGUAGUAGACCAUGAUGCUCUAUCUGAUAGCCAUCUUACAGCAGGGGAGGUUCGGUUGCCUUUUCAGUUUCCGUUUUAUGGCCACAACAUCACUAAAAUUUAUAUCGCAACAGGGGGGUUUUUAUCACUGAGUACAUUCUUCCAUCAGUACUUGUCUGCUACCCAGUACAUUGCCCCUCUGAUGGGAAACUUUGAUCCUAGUCUGAACGCAUCAUCAAGGAUCAAGUAUGGGUAUAAUGAUACUGCCUUCACCGUUGAAUGGGAUGAACUCCAUGUGCAACAUAUAGUAGGAGUUGGACGAUUUACAUUCCAGACCACCCUCAUAUCAGAUGGGCGUAUCCUCUUCGCGUACAAAGAGAUUCCUGAAGAUGUGAACAACAUUGGUGGAGGAAAUGGUCACAAGGUGACGGUUGGUCUGUCAGAUGGAUACUACAUCGAUGAGCCCCUUUACCCAGGAUCCCACUUGGUAAGGCGAACCAUCUACCAUUACCACAACAUCCUGCUCAACAAAACGCUGGUUAUGACCAAUGCCUCUUUUAUACUUCAACCACUGAAAACCUGUAACCUGUACACCAACUGCUCAGGAUGCCUGUCCAUCAGGGAAGAGAUUCGCUUUGAUUGUGGCUGGUGCGGAAAGAUCAAGAGAUGCUCCAGCGGACUUGAUAGGCACAGGCAAGAUUGGAUAGAGGCUGACUGCUCAGAAGAGGCUCAAGAGGAAUGCUAUAAUCAAAAGAGGAACGCUACAGAGUGGAUUGUUACAAGUAUACCGACCCCAUUGUACAAGCCAAGACCAACGCCGCUGGUUCUAGCCCGAACACCAUGGCCACAUGUCAUGCCGGUACCAAAUUUCCUAGCUCAAGCGGCCAUUGUCAUCGUGAUAGUGAUUGUUGUGGUGAUAGUCUUCUUUCUGAUGGGAUGCCUAAUCUAUGCCUACAGGAACCCUUCAUCCAGGUCUGGCCAACAACUCGUUCAGUUCCAGCAGCGAGUCCGACACAUGGCACGUCGCAACCCACGCGACAACUACGAGGAGAGCAUUGUGGGUAACAUGCAAGAAACCAAGCCUACCCCACCCCCUGCCUACACCCCUCCCCAGGACUCUCCGUCCAUCCCCACACCCGCGAUGUCCGACACGCCUUCCGUGAUCACCACCACCGGAGCGCCGGGUGCGACUACGCUGUCCGGUAACGGGGAUGUCGCCGCUGAUUCAGAGCCGAAGGUCGAUACAGGCAUCGACCCUCAUACCCAAAUGGCGGAGUGCUGAUCUCAACGCAUUAUCGUGUAUCAUCAAAUUGCCUUCGAUGUCCCAACUCGUAAAGUCACAAUCUUCUGAAGUUCUAAUUAUCUAUUCUGAUCAUAUGUGAUUGCAACCAUCUUCUUUAACCGAUUGAACAAGAUUCAGUUCAUUUUGGUUUUAUUUCCACAAAUCUGUGAUGUUACAAAUUUUUACUGGGAAGGAUCCUAUUAAAAGCGAGAAGUACUGCAGCAAUUUUGAAACUUUAAGAUUCCCAUAAUUUUAGUCCAGAUUUUAGACCAUAGUUGAAGUUAAAACUGGAGUUCAGUAUAAGAGCCGUCAAGUUCUUUCAUUCACAUAUACAUUAUGUAGAUAUCAGGUUUCAAUCGAUAACAUAUAAGCAAUGCGGUAUCUAUUGUUUGACAUUAGAGCAGUGGCCCUUGUAGUAAACGCCUGGUCACACCGCCUGAGUGUUGUUGGAUCGGUCGUGGAGCGGAGAGAAAAAUCAUCACCGCUCGCUACCGUUC